AUGUAUGGCGGUGUGGGCUUGAGGACUCCUCGUGGCAGUGGAACGAAUGGAUACGUCCAACGUAGCCUCGCAACGUUACCGACCACGAGGAUCGGAAAGACAGAAGGCCAAGCAGACAGCAUCUCUAGGCCAAGGAUGCGUGUUGAUCCAGAACUUUUACUGCACGAAAAGAAGAGGAACAUAGAAGUUAAGCUCAUGGAACUCAGAAUAGAAUUGGAGGAUAAAAUGAGCCUGGAAGACAUAGAAAAAGAAGUUGCCAAGAGAAGAGAUAUUCUAUACGAUGAAUUGGAACAGUCUUUGGCCCAGAUUCCUGAUGUUGCAAAUCCGGAAAUGAAGAGUCACAUGUUAGCAGCCACGAAGGCGAAGCAACUGGAAAAAUUCCAAAAGGCACUUAGAAUUGAAGGGAAAGGACCAAGAGAGUCAAGAGCCCCUAGUUCAUCUUCAGACAGGGAACAAGAUGAUGACUAUAAAAAGCAAGGCAAAGAUCGUGAAUAUUCACAAAGCCAAUCACCUGAUAGAAAGGAAUCAAGGAGGAAUAAAAGUCCAAGUGUAACCUCCGUUAGUAGCAUAGAAUCCUCCAGAAGUGUAGAUAGAAGCAAGCGUGGUCGCAGAAAUGAUACUCCAGAAAGAAGAUAUGGACGGAGAGACUCUCCAAGACGGAGAAGUAGAAGCAGAGGGAAUAGAUAUGGGAGCCAUAAGCGACAUUUGGAAUAUAGACGGAACCGCUAUAGUCCCGUAGAUAGACAUCGUCGCAGACGAAGUGUAUCCUCGAGUUCAAUUAGUAGCUACGCUAGCCGCUCUUUGACUCCGGUUCGCAAAUCAACGUCUAGAAGGAAAUACAAAAGAUCCUAUAGCAGUAGAAGAUCAUAUAGCAACUACAAGAGAUCUGGUAGAAAUAGGAAACGCAGCUAUUCUAGUUCUUAUUCGAGGUCUUUAUCUAGCUCGUCUAAAAGUGUGGAAAGGAGAUCAUACGUGAGCAGAUCAUCUAGUUCUGAAUCUAAAGGUCCUGUACGUAAAACAAGGCGCAGGAGCUUAGAAUACAAGAAUAAGGGCAGACAUUCUCAUCACAGACACACACGAUCAGAAAGUAGAAAACGCUCUAAAAGCGAACCUUCGGUACACAAAAAGAAAACAUCUCUACGUGGAGAUGUAGGUGUUCCCAGAUCUCCAACAAAAAGUCCACAAAAGGAAACUAAAACUCCAUGUGAUACUUCAUCUGUGCCACCAGAAACGACCUCUCCUAUAAACACCAAGCCAGUAAAUGAUAAAACUGGAAAGGAUUCAGAUUGUGAAUCAACAGGAACUGUAUACAAAAGCAUAGACACGUAUUACUCCGGAAACCUGGGUUCAUACAGAGAAGUAUUUACAGAUGUAGAAUCAGCAAGGAGUACAAAAUUGGAAAUCACCCUAAAUAGUUCACGUGGGAGCAAACAUCUAAAGGACUCAAACCUACGUUACAGUUCAUCUUCAAGUAGCAUUUCUGUACAAAGGGGAGUGAGACCUCGUGUGAGCAGUAGUAGUUCCAUGUCGAAUAGCGUAGACCGUCAUGCAAGAAGACGCAGACGAUAUUCUAGAAGCAGAAGUCCAAGAUAUAAGAACCGCCGUUCUAGAACACCUAGAUCACGUAGAGAAAGAAGUAAUUCACAAAUGAGUUACGAUUAA